AAGCAGGUUGCAAGGCAACACCUUGUAGAAGGCUGGCAGGGAGUUUUGGCAAGGUAGCUGCAGAUCCUGAGCGUGGAGCCUUGAGAAGGGAAGUGUUGGGCUGAGAUGGCGUCUUCUCGUGCUCCCAGACUCCUCCGGGAGGAGCUGCUGGAGAGAAGCGAGCUCCUGAAGAAGUGCAAAGCGGAUGUGACUCUGGAUCCGGACACGGCGAAUGCCUGGCUCUUCCUGUCUGCGGAUGGGAAGUCCGUGAAGGCGGGAGACCACCCCCAGGACGUGCCCCCCAAUCCCAAGAGAUUUGAGCUUGCUCCCUGCGUGCUGGGCGCCGAGGGGUUCACCUCGGGGAGACAUUACUGGGAGGUGGAGGUUGGGGAGCAGCGGGAGUGGGCCGUGGGAGUCGCCUUAGAGUCGGUGAAGAGGAAUGAAUUGCUCGAUCUUAAGCCGGAGGAGGGGAUCUGGAGUCGUGGGUGCUGGUGGCUUCGGAGGGACGCAGACGGUGCCUCUGAUGUGUCCUCACAGGGGUGUGUGAAAUCCGGGAAGAUCGGGGUUUGUCUGGAUUAUGAAGAGGGGUGGGUUGGAUUUUAUGAAGAUGACCAUACGACUAUGAUGCAGGCCUCCUUCAACAAUGAAAAUGCUUUCCCCUUCUUGUACUUAGGCCACGGGGUUAGCCUCACACUCUCACCCUGAAGCACACUGGGACUCGACCUCCCCCCUCUUCCCCAGGAAAGGCACCCCUCUAGCGAUUUUCUGUACAGCCUGCCCUAGCCUCUGCACCCUUGCCUACACACAGCCUUUGCACCAGCCUCUGAUUUAAUUUGAACCAGAGCACACACCUGUGUGGAUGCUCUUACUUGGGCUCCAAAGUGGCGUGACUCAAUUUUAAAGGAUUGUCUACAUUAGACCGGGGAUCAACGCUGCAGCAAUCGAUCCACCGGCGGUUGACUUAUUGCGUCUGCUUAGACAUGAUAAAUCAACCUCCGAGUGCUCUCCCGACGAUUCUGGCACUCCACCAGAGUGAGAAGAGUAGCUGGAGUUGACAGGUGAACAGCCCUCACCCACCUUACUGUGUGGAAGACACCGCGAUAAGUACAUAGACUUCAGCUACACUCUUUGCAUAGCUGAAAUUGUGCAGAUUAGAUCAGCUGGGGGAAGAAGGAGUCAGUGUAAUGUAGACUAGGCCUAAGUGUUGCCAGCACUUAGUUGUGUCAUAAUAUUCGAUUUUUUCUCUUAAAGCCCCAGUUCCCGGAGUCCUGUGAUUCCCUCAGGCUCUGAGCGCUUAUUAAAUCAAGCAAUUAAAAUCA